UUCCUGCCUGAACACUUGAUUGCACAAGUAUGCUUCUUAUCAAAUACACACAAGUUGUAGACUGUGUAAACCUACUAUAGCUACUCAGGUGUUCAAACAUUACCAAAUAUAGGGUAAUCACAUUGUGUAUGUCAUCACAAUGGAAUCUCUUUGUUUACUAUGCUAUAUAAGUUGUAGUACUACCCAUAAUAAACUGAACUUGUUUUGCAACACACAAGCCUACAGUGUCGUUCAUUGCAAGUUCCCUGAUCAGCACGCUUGGAGAGAUGAUAUCAGAUGGUUUGCCGUUGCAUCAAGUAUAAGACGAGCCGGCUCGCAGCUGCAAGGACAGUGCAGGGAUAGCACAGUGGAGUUUAGUGGCCCUAACAGUUUUCUGGUGUCAGAAGUGGAACGGCUGGAAAUCCAGAGGUAAGUAGAAUCACUGUCUGAACUGACGGUGUUUUCUCUUACCUUUGGCUCUUUCCGAUUGACCGAUUCUUUAGUUUAAAUAAGUGUCUCAUGUAUGGUUGAGACUGUCUCAUGUAUGGUUGAGACAAGGGCAUGAUUUGCAGCUAAAGUGUCUCAUGUAUGGUUGAGACUGUCUCAUGUAUGGUUGAGACGGGUUAUAGAGAUCCCAUGGUAGUAUAGUAAAAUAGGGAUACUCAGGUUGUGCACGGGAACCAUUUCUUACUGACUGAUUCAUCUUUCCAUGCGUAUUAUUGUCUUGUCUUGUUUGUGUAUUUGUGUUUUAAAAUAUAUCUGUGAAUAGUUGCAGCGUUAAGAGUGAUCACGAGUUGCUAAACGGGUAUUGUUGGGACCUUGAUCUCAGUUCAGCCCUGGCUUCUCUGUUUCGUUGCAAUCGUACAUGACACGUUCUUUGAUAAGAAUUUAAGACAUUGGUUACAGCACCUGCGCUUGGUUUACCUAAUUAUGCUAAACCUUUUCAUUUGUAUGUCAAGGACACCUGUAAAACCAUGGCUGCGGUCUGUGCUCAAGAAUCUGGGGGAAGUUUUCGUCCUGUGGCCUAUUUUUCCAAAGUAAUGCCGCUUCCGGUACAGGGGAUGCCGGCGUGUCUCAGAGCUUUAGCAGCUAGUGCUAUGGCUGUUGAACUGUCACAGUCUGUCACAAUAGGCCACAAUACUAUUUUUCACACCUCACAUCAAGUUACACACCUAUUGAAGAACAUUACCACCCAACACAUGACCUCCCAAAGAUUAAGUGGCUAUGAAGUUAUUCUAUUAGGUACUGCAAAUUUACAGAUCAAAUACGCAAUCAACACUCAAGGGCCUGCUGCCAUACUGCAUGCUCUAUUACACCUGUCUGACCCUACUAAUGCUUUUAUACUCGAUUCUCAUGACUGUGUUGAAUCUAUCCACUACUCUACCUCACCUCGACUCGAUCUAACUGACACUCCUGUCACAUGCUACUAACGUUUUUGUUGAUGGUUCCUGCUCCAGGCCUUCCGAUGACACCUACAAAGCAGCAUAUUCAGUUGUCCAACUCCCUGAUAUUGUACUUGAGACUAAGUCUAUCCCUGUUAAUUCUGCACAAGCAGCAGAACUUAUAGCACUCACCAGGGCCUGUCACUUGUUUGCCAAACGCCCCGUUAAUAUAUUCAGUGACAGUAGAUAUGCUUUUGGGGUAGUUCAUGAUUUUGGAAAAAUUUGGCAACAAAGAGGUUAUGUUACUGCAGAUGGGAAAUCCAUCUCACACCCUGCCCUCAUUGAUAAUCUUUUACAGGCCAUCUAACUUCCUUCUGAAAUUGCAAUUAUCCAUUGCAGGGCACAUACCAACAAAACUGACGAGAUUUCCCUCAGUAAUGCCCUAGCAGACCAGGUUGCCAAAACUACUGCAUCCUCUGCCACUCCCACGGUCAUCCCCAUGUUUCUCCACACACCUCCUAGUUGUCCAGACAGUCAAAUUUUACAGUAUUUGCAAACAUUUGCCACUCAGACUGACCUGCAUUUUUGGAAACAGCAAAAUCUUACCUUUGACCAGUUUGGUCUUUAUUCCAUCCAAGGCAAAGUGGGUAUCCCCGAAAACAGUCUACCCCUACUUAUCUCUCAAGCUCACGGCAUUGGCCAUAGGAGUUCUAAGCUCACUUUGGCUGAAAUGCAAAAACAUUUCAUCGCAAGGAAUCUCAGACAGCAUUGUUCUACCUUUGUUAAAAACUUGCCUCACCUGUCUUAGGGCCAACACCUUAGGAACACACAAAGUACACCAAAAUUUGCCUCCCCCAAUUGCACCCUUUUCUCACUGGCAAGUUGAUUUUACUCAUAUUCCUAAGAUUGGCAAACUACAGGAAUAUUUGCUCGUUUUUACCGACCAUUUCUCUCGCUGGGUAGAAGCUUUCCCUUGCCGUCACGAAGACGCCAAAACCGUUGUUAAGUUCCUAGUUAAUGACAUCAUACCCCGAUUUGGUUGUCCGCAACAAAUUAAUUCCGAUAAUGGCCCAGCUUUUGUUAGUAAGGUCCUCCAGCUUCUAAUUUCCACCUUACAAAUCACAUGGAAGUUUCACAUUCCUUACCAUCCACAGAGUGCCGGUGUUGUUGAGCGAAUGAAUCGCACCAUAAAGGAUAAGCUCACCAAAGCCACAUCUGCCACAUGGACUAAUUGGAAGUCCUUUUUACCUGCAGUACUAGCUGAAAUAGGCAUGACACCACAUUCAGUUACUAAAUUAUCUCCUUUUGAAAUUGUCAUGGGACGCCCAUUUCCCACUCCCUGGGUCAAAGGCUCCUUAGUCAUCCAACACACUGAUCUUAAUUUAAUUCAGGAGGAGUAUGUACGUAAUCUUAUUACUACAUUGAAUGGCAUCUAUGGUGAUGUUUCUUUGUCUUUUCCUUUGCCCCCCCAGGAGCCGACCCAUCCAUUUCGCCCAGGCGAUCCUGUUGUGGUUCGACAGCUCCAUAGCUAUCGAAAAGAUGGAUUCCCAUUUGGCCCACGAGUCACAGUGAUUGCCAUCACACGGACAGCAGUCCUCAGCGAUGCCAGCGACCAUUGGAUCCACGCUUCACGAGUGAAACUCGCGCCAACACUUCCAACGCCGGAACGGAGUAAAGCUGACAACACGGAACAUGACACCACCACCAAAUCCGUCACAGAAGGACCCGAAGAUGACCUCACACCCCUACCACCGAUGAUGAUAAGGAAGUCCACAAAAUAUGCACUAUGGUGCAUAAUUGGCACUUUCCUUUUUCUAUUUUUCCCGAUUAUGAUAAUCCUUAACUGCAUAUGUUACCCAAACCCUCACAGCCCUUUGGGAUCAGUUUGUUACCAGUUUUUCAAGAGCAAUACAAGACUCCAUCGCCAUGAAAGAUCAAACCCCAUCGCCACCUUAGGAGGUCAGUCUACUAAUGAACGACAAGUUGCAAUCAAACAAAGUGAUGGCACUACCACCUUCUGGUAUAACUCCGUUGGCAAAAAAUCUUAGCUCAGAUUGGUGUCACCUUAGUGAUUGUCUUAAUUUUUGUUUCAUUUCUUUUCUGCUGUAUAAUUCCCUAUAUCAGGAAAUUAACUUCAUCUUUAAUUACUUCUUCUGAGGGCUUGCAACUUAAGCUUAUUCAUGCUGCUCGCGUAUAGUCACUUAUGUGACUAAAAGGGGGAUUGAAAGGGAUUGCAAGGGGCUAAUGUCUUUUCCUGCCUGAACACUUGAUUGCACAAGUAUGCUUCUUAUCAAAUACACACAAGUUGUAGACUGUGUAAACCUACUAUAGCUACUCAGGUGUUCAAACAUUACCAAAUAUAGGGUAAUCACAUUGUGUAUGUCAUCACAAUGGAAUCUCUUUGUUUACUAUGCUAUAUAAGUUGUAGUACUACCCAUAAUAAACUGAACUUGUUUUGCAACA